AUGGCACUAAUCACAGAACCCCAGCAUUACGUGUCCCUGAGGUCGGUACAGCAACUUGCCGUGCCUAUUCGAUUGCGGGCGGUCCUGAACUGUCCUGUGGAUUCCCUGCAGGACCAUGAACGAAAGGCCUUGAACUCUCAUGGCCAUUUCCACAAUAUUACCAUCAAGGGCUUAGUAGGAAAUGACGACCAGUCUUGGGGAUGGGAUGUCGCAGUCAGAAAACUGUUCCACGACUCUCAAUUUGACGAGGAAAAUGGCCAGGAUUACCCUUCACCAGAAACCGUGGAUGAAACAUACACGGUUCCUGAAAAUAUCCUUGUCGUCCUGGACAUGCAAGAGGGGAACCUGUCAUUUUACAUCGACGGCUUCUGUUUGGGAAUCGCAUUCUGUGGUCUGAAGGGGAAGACGCUGUACCCUACAAUCAGCUCAGUGUUUCCCAACUGCCAGAUCUCGAUCAAAUAUAUCGGACCUUGCGACUGUGAGUAUUAUUAA